AUGGCUCUUCCAACCUCCAGUCCCUCUCCGCGCCUGGAUCGCUUCGGGCAAGCCAUGGAAUCGCUCUACGGCAGCUUCUCCAACAUAUCAGAUCCAGAGCACUGGUCGCCGCCUUUGAAGUCCGGCGGCCAUCGCGGACGAUAUCUGUGGACAGACGCGUACGGAGUGGUCAACCUAUUGACAUUGCACAAGGAGUACACCCGGGCAGGUGGAGAUAAACCCGGCGAUGACAGGUAUCUCGUCCUAGCACGACGGCUGGUUGAGACGGUACACGAUGUAUUAGGUCGCACACGCGACGGUAAAAGGCGGCUGCCGGGAGCCACAGACAAUAAUCCCAUGGGCGGCGGAUUACGCAUUGGAAAGAUAGACGAGCACGGACCGGACGGCGAUGGCCAAUACCAUCAUUACCUGACCAUCUGGAUGUUCGCUCUAAACCGUAUGUCGAUGGCCUCCGGCGACCCGACAUUCAACCGGCAAGCUGUCGCCCUCGCGAAAGCAAUCCACCCACGCUUCUUCGUAGACCGAACGGCAAAACGACCGCGCAUGGUCUGGAAGAUGGCGAUGGACUUGUCAGCGCCGCUGGUUUCUUCAGAGGGAAAUCUGGACCCAAUCGACGGCUAUGUCGUGUUCCGACUGCUGCAGGCGGCGGCUAUGGAAGCAGGUGACGGCGAAGUCUUGGCCGAGGAGAUCGCUGACUAUAAGCGCGUGAUGGAUCGCAAAGGAGAGCAUUUUGUUUCCAGCGACCCGUUGGACUUGGGGAUGACCCUGUGGACAGCGCAUUGGUUCUCCGAGAAGGAGACCUGGGCGGCAAAUCUUGCAGGGAGAUGUUUUGAACAAAUUUACAAUCUGUUCGAGAUCAACCGCUAUCUCGAGCGUAACAUCAAAUUCCGCCUGGCUUUUCGAGAGUUUGGUACAUGUAUGGGUAUCCAGUGCCAGUCACUCCAAACCACGGAGAAAGAUCGCGCAGUCGACCUGAAAAUGUACGCGGACGCCAUCAUCGCUGCGUGGGAUCCAUAUAUGGAGCUUUCCAUCUCAGCUGGCCUGACGCCAGAGGAUCUGCGACCGAUUACCAGGGUGAUGUAUGCGUCGGCCUUGAUCCCAGGAGCUUUCCGUAAUGGAUAUUUGGGAGAAGAGCCCAAGCCAAUGGAGGGCAAAUGA